AUGGCUUCUACACCAAGCUCUGAGGUGGCAGCAGAUAAGACCUUUCUGGGUGAAUCAAACGCAGAACGCGUCGCCAGUAUACAGGAUGGCGAGGCGCACCUGCACGUGUCGCACAAGUACACUUCUCACGUUCAGAUGAAGAAGCAAUUCGGCACCAUCGCGACCUUGGGUAUUGCCUUUUCCAUUCUGAACUCCUGGGUCGCCGAAUCCGGGAGUAUGCUGGGCCCCAUCGCUCUGGGGGGCCCUGUCACCAUCAUCUGGGGCUGCGUCGCCGGGGCUGUUUUCACGGCUAUCUUGUGUGCUAGUUUCGCCGAGAUGGCCUCUGCUCUUCCAGGUGCCGGGGGUCCUUACCAUUAUACCUAUGUUGUCUGCGGGCCCGGGCACCGCAAGUUUCUGAGCUUCGUUGCCGGCUGGAGCAACACCGUCGCAUGGUGGUUUAUUGCCAGCUCCGCGGCACUUUUUCUGGCAUCCUUCAUCUCAGGAAUGGCCGUUUUGACAUAUCCUGAUUAUGUGCCUACUACAUGGCAAGUCUGGCUUAUCUACGUCGGGAUUGUCGUCCUCAACACUGUGAUUGCCAUUGGUGGCAACCGUAUCAUGUCACUGCUGACCUCGGCCUCCCUGUAUUGGAGUCUGGCAUCUUUCUUGGUGUGUCUGAUCACCACGGUGGCCAUGCAUGCGGGCAAGCCAUACGAACCCGCAAGUUUCGUUUUCGGCAAUUUCUCGAACGAGUCCGGAUGGAGCAGCGCUGGCACGGCGUUUGUUAUUGGAUGGAUGCUCUCGACCUACAAUGUACCAGGCCUACUUGAGGAGAUGGAACGACCGCAAGUCGAGGUGCCCCGAGCCAUGGUUGGGGCCAUCCUUACUGGCUUUGUCACAAGCUUCACAUUUCUUGUCGCUCUGCUGUUCUGUGUCACGGAUAUGAAUGAGAUUGUCACAAGCCCGACCGGCGUUCCAGUCCUUGUCAUCUUCUACCAGUCCACUGGAAGUCAGGCGGCAGCGAUCGCGCUGACCUGCCUGAUUUUUGUCAGCAUCAUGUUUUCUGAGAUUGGUGGUAUUCUGAUUUCGGGUCGAACUACCUGGGCCUUUGCACGAGACAAUGGAAUGCCAUUCUCGGAAUACCUAAGCCACCUGGAUGAACGCACACAAUCGCCGAUCCGUGCCACUCCCCUUUCCUCUUUUCUCUCCAUUGCUUAUGGAGCUAUCUACAUCGGAUCACCUGUGGCUUUCUCGUCCAUCGUCGCCUCCAGCAUCAUGAUGCUCAUCACAACUUAUUGCCUUCCCCAAGCUGUACUUGCGAUCAGAGGACGUCACCAUCUCCCACCACGACCCUUCGACUUAGGGCGUGCUGGCUGGACACUCAAUGCGUUGGCACCUAUUAUGGUCGUGUUUGCUUUUGUCAUUCUGUCCUUUCCUACGACACUCCCGGUAACAGUUGAGACCAUGAAUUACCUCUGUGUGAUUGUGGUCGGAGUUUGGGUUUUGAUCAUUGGCUUCUACUUCACGGUCAAGAAGGGAGAAUACCAGGGUCCGGUACUGGGCAUCGCUCCGCAUGAUUAA